AAUGGGUCUCGUCUCAGGUGUAGCUCUUCAUUGUUUCAUCUUCAAUCUUGCGUCAACAUCGGACGGUCGAUAAUGCAAGAUUGUGAUAGUUGUAACUUGUUGAUGUUGAUUGUGGGUGGAUGGUAUUAUCUGGUCAAAAUCAUGACCGUUGAAGCGUAAGACUACGAGGGUUCUGUAGAGGGUACUGAUAGCCAAUACUCUGUCAGCUUUCCCAAAAGGAGGAGCGGCCCCCCCUCCGCCCUCCCUUCUUCCCUCUCCUAGAACUCCACAAAAACCACAAUGUCACCUUUCUCCUUUCUCUCUCUUUCUCUCUCUGCUUCUUUCAUGGCUGUUUUGAAGCUUUAUGCGUUCUUCAUUUUCUUCUUCUUCUUCUUCCUAACUAAAUGUCUGUGUACAAGUACAGCGCUUACUUUCUCACCAUCUUCUUCUUCUUCUCCUCCUUCUUCGUCAGAUGUCGAACUGCUUCUUGGACAAAUAAAAGCUUCACUUCAAGGUAACUCUGACAAUUUGCUCUUAUCUUCAUGGAACUCCUCGAUACCCCUCUGUCAGUGGAGAGGGCUCAAGUGGGUCUUCUUCGAUGGGACUCCUCUCUCUUGUACUGACCCCUCUUCGCCACAAUGGACCAAUCUCACUCUGUACAGAGACCCAGCUCUGCACCUUUUCUCUCUUCAGCUCCCUUCUGCUAACCUCACUGGUUCACUCCCUAGGGAGUUAGGCGUCUUCUCUAUGCUUCAAAGUCUCUACCUCAACAUCAACUCACUGAGUGGAACCAUCCCUCUUGAGCUCGGUUACAGCUCUUCGCUCUCUGAUAUUGAUUUGGGUGAUAACUUGCUGACUGGGCCUUUAGCACCCUCAAUUUGGAACUUAUGUGAUAAGCUUGUUUCCGUUAGGCUUCAUGGCAAUUCAUUAUCUGGGUCUCUUCCUGAACCUGCACUGCCAAACUCUACAUGCAAGAACUUGCAGUUUCUUGAUUUGGGUAGCAACGAGUUGUCCGGGAAUUUCCCCGAAUUUAUUGCCUUGUUUCAAAGUCUAAAGCAGCUUGAUCUUUCGAAUAAUAAGUUUUCAGGCUCUAUUCCGCAAAGCUUAGCUGCGCUGAACCUCGAAAAAUUGAAUCUUUCGCACAACAAUUUUAGUGGAAUGUUGCCUGUUUUUGGGGAAUCUAAGUUUGGUGAGGAGGCUUUUGAAGGAAAUGACCCUCGACUUUGUGGGUUGCCUCUAAAAACCUGCAGUGGUAACUCUAGAUUGAGCCCAGGUGCAAUUGCUGGUCUUGUGAUUGGUUUCAUGACUGGAGUUGUGGUUUUGGCCUCGUUGCUGAUCGGUUAUGUACAAAACAAGAAGAGGAAGAGUAGAGAUGAGAGUGAAGAUGAAUUGGAGGAAGGAGAAGAAGAUGAGAAUGGUGUUCUUGUUGGUGGAGGAGGAGGAGGUGGUGAAGGAAAGCUGAUUUUGUUUCAAGGCGGCGAGCAUUUAACAUUAGAGGAUGUGCUGAAUGCAACAGGUCAGGUGACAGAGAAAACAAGUUAUGGGACCGUUUACAAAGCAAAGCUUGCUGAUGGAGGGACAAUUGCCUUGAGGCUUUUGAGGGAAGGUAGCUGCAAAGAUCGGAGUUCAUGUUUACCAGUGAUAAAGCAACUGGGAAGGAUUCGUCAUGAGAAUUUGGUUCCAUUGAGAGCUUUCUAUCAGGGAAAAAGAGGGGAAAAGCUACUCAUCUAUGACUAUCUCCCCAAUAGAAGCCUCUAUGAUCUUUUACACGAAACCAAAGGAGGCAAACCCGUGCUGAACUGGGCUCGACGACACAAAAUUGCGUUGGGAAUAGCCAGGGGACUUGCGUAUCUCCAUACAGGAUUUGAGGUGCCAAUUACUCAUGGAAAUGUUAGAUCAAAAAAUGUACUAGUAGAUGAAUUUUUUUUGGCCAGACUCACAGAAUUUGGGCUUGAUAAAAUAAUGAUACCGGCUGUAGCCGAUGAAAUCGUAGCACUUGCAAAGGCAGAUGGGUACAAGGCACCAGAACUGCAAAGGAUGAAGAAAUGCAAUUCCAGAACAGAUGUUUAUGCAUUUGGGAUACUUCUAUUGGAAAUUUUGAUUGGUAAGAAGCCUGGCAAAAACGGGAGAAACAGUGAGUUUGUGGAUUUGCCCUCGAUGGUAAAAGUAGCAGUUUUGGAAGAGACAACCAUGGAGGUUUUUGAUGUGGAGGUUUUGAAGGGGAUCAGAAGUCCAAUGGAAGAGGGAUUGGUUCAGGCCCUGAAGCUUGCUAUGGGUUGCUGUGCUCCAGUAGCUUCAGUUAGGCCUACCAUGGAUGAAGUAGUGAAGCAGCUGGAGGAAAACAGACCAAGAAACAGAUCUGCGUUGUACAGCCCUGCUGAAACAAGAAGUGGAAGUGGUACUCCUUUCUGAUCUAUCUUCUGAAAAUGCUUUCAUCAAAUUCUGAGUUUCUUUUACUUUCAUGUUAAUCCGUUUCUCACCAAGUAUUAAUUGUAGCAGAUGGUUAUGUGGUUGUAUGGAAGAUCAAUAUUAUUACUCUCCGAUAUGAUUCAAAGCAAUGCAUCAUAAAAAGUUUUCA